AUGUUCUUCUUUGCUCUUUUCACUUUCACAAUUUCUACUGUUUCGGCUUGUUCGGAUCUAGUUAAUUAUGCAACAGGAGUGUCUGAUUGUGCCAGUAGAGCAUAUUUAUGUAAUCAAGCUGCCUACUACACUUUGAUGACUACACAAUGUCCAGUUACUUGUGGGAGAUGUUCAAGUAACACCACAUCAUAUUCCACUUCGUGUGUUGAUUUGACAAACCCAUACACUGGAGUUUCUGACUGCUCAAGCAGAGCAUAUUUAUGUAAUCAAGCUGCCUACUAUACACUUUGAUGACAACACAAUGUCCAGCAACUUGUGGAAGAUGUUCAUCAGCUACUACUGGUGAGUAAAAAUUUUGAAAAAAAAAAAUUAAACCAUAUUUCUCAACAAAAAAACUAUAUUUCAGUGACCUCCUCUUCAUCAACUUCAUGUACUGAUCUUACCAAUCCAUAUACAGGAGUAUCAGAUUGUUCAAGCCGUGCCUAUCUCUGUAAUAAUUCCUUAUAUUAUUCAUUAAUGACAACACAAUGUCCAGCAACAUGUGGAAGAUGUUCAACAGCUUCAACUUCAUCAACAACAACUUCAACAUCUACAACUUGUGCUGAUCUUACAAAUCCAUCAACUGGUAUUUCCGAUUGUCCAAAUCGUGUUGCCUAUUGUACAAAUGCUGUCUACCUUUCAUUAAUGCAAGUUCAAUGCAGAAAAACUUGCGGAUUCUGCACAUAA